AUGGCUGAUCGGCCAGAAAAGAAGCCUCGCGGAGGUGACGCGACUGAGUCUUGUUCCAGCUCUCAGAAGUCAGACAGCGACUGCAGUAAACUAUCCUGGACACAGUUCUUUGACAAUGAAAAGUACAGACACCAACUGAUGUUGGUUAAAACCAAGCAGUAUACAGAGGUUA